AUGUCGACCGCUCCGCUCCGCAACGCCGUCGUCCCGACGCUGGGCCGUGCCCAGCUGCGCACUGCGAGCCCGGUGCUCGCGCGCUUCUCGUCCUCGGACGCCACCACCAGCUCGGAGGGCGAGUCGAGCUCGCCCACUCCCGCCGGCAAGCUUCCCAUGUCCUGGUCCGAGUACCUUGCUAUGCGCAAGCGCCGCAAGCAGUGGUCGACGCUCACGACCAUUCCCACGACGGCGGGUGCGCUGUUUGCUGGCGCGUCAUACUUUGCUGCCGUCCAGCCCGAGUUUGCCGGCCUCGACCCCUUCGUCAUCGCUGGUGGUGGAACGUGGGUGUUACUGACUGGGUGGUUUGUCGCCGCUAUGACCCUUGGCUACCUCGUCGGCCCUUCCAUCGGCAAUGGCAUCUUUGCUGUUACGCACCCCAAACUCGCUCGUGGCAACCCCCCACCUCUUGAAGUCAUGGACCGCGAGUUUUACCACAGGAUAAAGUCGAAGCGUGCCGACCCUAGCCGUCAGAGCGUCAACAACCCCGCGCCAGACUUUUACGGCGAGAAGAUCGUCUCCCUUGCUACCUACCGCCGCUGGCUCAAGGACCAGGAGGCGUACCGCCGCAAGGCUGCCCACGGUGUUGACGGCGAGGAGCCUUGA